AAUGAGUCGGUCCCUCCCUGACGUCUGAGUCGAUCUUUGCUUAGGAAGAGAGGAGAGCAAAACCUUUGCGACCAAGACUUCAACAAGCAUCUUCUGAAUUGCCUUCAUAAAAGUCGAGUACAUCACAAUGGCUUCGGCAACCCCCGACAAACCGUCAGUCAAGCGCACGAUUCUUCAAUCCUUGCCAAUCCCUGAAUUUCCGGGUUGGGAAUCACGUCUAGUCCUCUUCGAAUACCCUCCAGGAGUAGCGGCACCAGUUCACAACCACCCUGUCGCUGGAACAGGCUUCGUCCUCGAGGGAAAUGUUGCUUCUCAAUGGGAGGGAAAGGAGGUCGAGCUUUACACAAAGGGCGAUACUUUUGUUGAUUGGGGGACGACUAUGCAUCUAAGAAGCGAGAAUACCAGCCAGACGGAAUGGUUGAAGUUCAUUAUUUCCUAUGUUAUCAAAGUCGGGCAGCCGAAUGUGAACUUCUGAGGGACGAUCACUG